AUGACGUUGCAAACCCUUCAUGCUCACCAGUUAUAUGCUAAACUGGAAAAAUGUGAGUUUUGGCAGGAAGAAGUAAAAUUUUUGGGGCAUACAGUUUCAAAGAAUGGAGUUUCAGUUGAUCCAGCUAAGGUUGAAGCAGUUUUGCAAUGGAAACAGCUGAAGAAUGCAUCUGAGAUUCGGAGUUUCUUAGGUCUAGCAGGGUAUUACAGACGUUUUGUUAAAGGAAUUUCUCGAAAAGCUAAUGUGGUGGUGGAUGCUUUAAGUCAUCAGCCACAGGCCCAAGUGGCACAAUUGAUGAUGCAAGAGUGGAAAAUGGUAGAAGAUAUAGCUGAAUUUGAUUUUGAAAUGACUCUACAAUCCUCAGUUGUACAAUUAGAAAACUUAACUAUUCAGCCCUCUUUGAUAUCCCAAGUAAUAGAAGCCCAACAGUUUGAUCAAUGGGCGUUGUUUUGUAAAGAUGAGAUAAUAGGGAAAAGUCAACCGGGGUGGCAGAUAGGUUUGGAUGAUGGACUUCGGUUUCAGGGCAGAUUAUAUGUUCCAGAUAUUUCAGAAUUGAAGAAGGCCCUUAUGGAUGAGGCACAUCGCACUCAGUUUACUAUCCACCCAAGAUCUACGAAGAUGUAUAAGGACAUGAAAAGGCAAUUUUGGUGGACUGGAAUGAAACAUGAAGUUGCUAGGCAUGUGUCAGAGUGUGACAUUUGCAAACGAGUAAAGGCAGAGCACCAAAAGCCAGCAGGGGAAUUGGAACCUUUGGAGAUACCUGUAUGA